UUCUCUAAACCCAAGUUCCAGAGCUGCAAUGAGUGUGUUUAAAGCCAUUUGGACCCACGAGAGACAGUGUGCAAGAGAGUUGCUUUCUGGGCUAUCAUUAAUAACCCCCACCUUUCUUACUCCUCUAAGUUGAGAAUUUCAAGUAUUUUCUUUUGGCAUUUGUAUAUCAUGGCUUUGGAGACAUUAUCGCUUUUGUGGGUAUAAAUUAUUACAGGAGUAAGAGCUCGCUUGUUCUUUCUUUAAUGGGGGUAUUGAGCGGUUUUCGUCCCUUUCCAUGUGUCUCUCAUAGGUUCUUUUUUGGAAUCUCGUUGGUAGGUUUUGGCCAGCGAAAAUAGUAACAUUUGUUUUCUCUAAAAGCAAAUUUGAAGGGGUUGACCUGAAAUUCGUGUCUUCUGUUAUUGACAGACAUCUAGUUAGUGUAUGAUUAUGUGAUUUUCGUGGUUCUGGGCAGGGAUUUGAGUCAUUUUCUGAAGUGGGUAUGGCUUAUUGGAGUGGUUUUCUGAAGUAGGUAAGAGAGUUUCUGUGGUUUGCUGUGUCUUUGUGUAGAUUUUGGACUGUUUUUGGCAGGACUAUUAGGCAGGGAGCUACAUUUUGAUGCUAUUUCAUGGUCUUGGGAGGCUUUGCUUCAGGAAUUCUAGAGUGGUUUCUUGAAAAAUUUGAGGGGGCUUUUUGAUUUGAGAUUGUUGAUUAAUUGAGGACAACAAUCACAUCUGGUAUUGUUUGUUUUCUUUGUCUUGUUUGGGGUUGGUACUGGUGUAUUGCUCUAAAUAAGGAGUUUAUUUGGUUUGGAAUUGCCGGCUUAGGUCUACUUUAAGAUCUGCAUUAGCUUAACUGCGCAGGGAGCUCUGUUCUCUAAGAUUUCGCUGCUUGCAUUCUGAGAAAAUGGCUUGCAUGAAACUGGGAUCUAAAAGUGAUGCUUUCCAAAAGCAAGGGCAGGCCUGGUUCUGCACAACUGGCCUUCCUAGUGAUAUUGUUGUGGCAGUGGGGGAGAUGUCCUUCCAUCUUCACAAGUUCCCUUUGCUAUCUAGAAGUGGGGUUAUGGAAAGGUUGAUUGCAGAAGCAUUGGAAGAAGGGGAUGAAAAAUGUGUGACAAAUCUCCCUGACAUUCCUGGUGGGGCCAAAACAUUUGAACUUGUGGCCAAGUUCUGUUAUGGUGUCAAACUUGAACUUACCUCCUCAAAUGUUGUGUACCUCCGUUGUGCUGCUGAGCAUCUUGAAAUGACUGAGGAUUAUGGGGAGGGCAAUCUAAUCAUGCACACUGAGACCUUCUUUAACCAAGUAGUCCUUCGUAAUUGGAAAGACUCUUUAAAGGCACUUCAAACAUGUGAUGAUAUUCUUACCUAUGCUGAGGAACUUCAUAUUACAAAGAGGUGUAUCGAGUCACUAGCCACAAAAGCAUGCACUGACCCUAAUCUUUUUGGAUGGCCUAUAGUGGAGCAUGGGCCCAUGCAGAGUCCUGGGGGGAGUGUCUUGUGGAAUGGGAUAAGCACAGGGGCUAGACCCAAAAAUUCAAGCUCAGAUUGGUGGUAUGAGGAUGUGUCAACUUUAAGUUUACCUCUCUAUAAGAGGUUGAUUUCCGUUAUGGAAUCUCGUGGUAUCAGACAAGAGAUUAUUGCUGGGUCCCUUGCUUUCUAUGCUAAAAAGUACCUGCCUGGCCUCAAUAGGCGUCAAGGUGCCAGUGAGUCUGGUUCCCGUUUAAUUCCUGUGGCUUUAGCUCCGCCAUCAGAAGAAGACCAGAAGAAAUUGCUAGAAGAUAUUGAUAGGUUGCUUCCAAUGCAGAAAGGUCUAGUCCCAACCAAGUUUCUGUUUGGUCUACUUCGGACGGCCUUGAUUCUGAAAGCAAGCCCCUCUUGUUUAUCAAAGUUAGAGAAAAGGAUUGGGAUGCAGCUUGAUCAGGCAACACUAGAAGAUCUUUUGAUGCCCAAUUUCUCUUAUUCAAUGGAGACACUUUACAAUGUUGACUGUGUGCAGCGGAUUCUUGAACACUUCCUUGCCAUGGAUCAAAUUACAGGUGGGGCCUCUCCAUGUUCAGUUGAUGAUGGCCAGUUGAUUGGAUCACCAUCAUUAACACCAAUCACAAUGGUGGCCAAACUGAUUGAUGGAUACCUGGCAGAGGUUGCCCCAGACGUGAAUUUGAAGCUUCCCAAGUUUCAGGCUCUUGCUGCUGCUGUUCCUGAUUAUGCUAGGCCUCUGGAUGAUGGUCUUUAUCGUGCAAUAGACAUUUACCUAAAGGCACACCCGUGGUUGGCAGAGUCUGACAGAGAACAGCUCUGUAGGCUGAUGGACUGCCAGAAGCUCUCCUUGGAAGCUUGCACCCAUGCUGCACAGAAUGAGAGGCUGCCGCUAAGAAUUAUAGUCCAAGUUCUCUUCUUUGAGCAGCUUCAGCUUAGGACAUCCAUUGCUGGCUGCUUUCUGGUUUCCGACAAUCUUGACGGGUCUAGACAACUGAGAAGUGGUUUUGCUGGUUCUACUGAGGGAGGCUGGGCCACAGCCGUUAGAGAGAAUCAGGUUUUGAAGGUGGGAAUGGAUAAUAUGAGGAUGAGGGUUUCUGAGCUUGAGAAGGAGUGUUCCAACAUGAGGCAGGAGAUUGAAAAGUUGGGUCGAACGAAAGGUUCUAGCACUUGGGGAAAUGUUUCCAAAAAAUUUGGUUUUAAGCUAAAGUCUCAGAUGUGCAGUGCUCAAGAGGGUUCUGUUAGCAACCAGAAUAAUGGCAGUGCCAAGUCUGAGAAGGCAAAAGAGAGGCAGGGAAAGCACAAGAAAAACUUAUCUCCUGAUGGGUAAGGUCCUCAUUUUAUUUUAUUUUUUCUCUUUACAUUUAUUUCUUUUUUCUUUUUUCUUUUCAAAUUGUAAUUGUUAUCAGUUGUACUUCUGCAAUGUUAGUUCAGAGACACAAACUAAAUCUCCAUCUUGUUGUUUGUCCGUUUCCUGUUUAAUGUUGUCAUCUCUAGUGUGUAGUUUAUGUGGUGUCUGGCCUUGUAAUGAAGAUGGAAGCAAAAACUGUAAUCUUUAGUUAUUGUAGCAUUACUAAUAGACUGGAUGGCAACAGGUAAGAUACCCGCAAAAAUCACCCUAUUCAAA